AUGGGGUCUAUCGCUCCCAACACAGAGCCUACUGCGCAGUCCGAGAUGAUGUAUCCGGCACCUCUGGAAGCCAACCGCGAUGCUGGUCUUAGUUCGACUACCAACGGUGACAGUGCCAUCGACAUCGAGACACCAAUACUGGUCGUCGGCGGUGGCCCAGUCGGCAUGCUGCAGUCACUCAUGCUAGCCCGACUCCACAAUAUCAAGUCAGUGCUCAUAGAAAGAGAGCCAAGCACGACUACAUUUCCCAAGAUGGAGUACACCAACGGCCGCUCCAUGGAGAUCUAUCGCAUGAUGGGCCUCGCAAAAGACUUUCGCGCUAUGGCCAACCAGUAUGUGCCUGACUCGGCGAGCUUCACGGAGCUCAACGUGACGAGUCUGGUUGACAGCGCCAACGGGGGGCCCAAGGCGAAAAUGAUUCAUCCGUGGAUUCGCCCGAGCGUGGAAGAUAUGAGAGCUGAGAGCCGCAAGGUCAACGAUGGUAGCAAAUAUUUGGAACCACACACGCGGUGCCAUCAAAUUCCUGUGGAGGCGUGGCUCAAGCGAAAGAUCGAAGAGCUGCCUGAUCUCAUUGAGGGGCACUGGGGCUACAAAUUUGUCGGGCUGGAAGAGCGGGACGACGAUGUAGUCGCAGAGGUGAUCACGGAUGGUGGACGGACUGUACGAAUUAAGGCGCAAUAUGUUAUUGGGACCGAUGGUGGCGGUUCCUUCGUGAGGAAAAGUGUUGGUCUCGAGAGCAAAAGGAACUACCUAGACAUGACCGUGGCAUUCGUCCACAUCCAGUCGAAGGCCUUGCGAGAAGCCAUGAACAAAUUCCCGCCGUUCUGGCACAUCAACGUCCUUGGCGGAGGUCUUGCGGUCUCCCAGAACGAGGACGAUCUAUUCACUCUCCACCUAGUCCUCCCUCCCGGCGGCGACGCCACACACAUGACCCCCAACGAGCUCGUCGACGCGACCAUUGGCGGCUGCAACGGCCCGCAACCCAUGGCGAUCGACAAAGGCCGCGUGUUCCUCGCCGGCGACUCUGCCCACCAGCUUUCCCCCAUUGGCGGCCAUGGUCUCAAUUCUGGUCUUGCGGACGCCUUCGACCUUGCGUGGAAGCUAGGUGCCGUAAUGAAGGGCUGGGCUGGUGAGGGCCUGCUGACGACAUACGACACUGAUCGGCGUGCGAUCGCGCACAAGAAUAUGGAUACCGUGCAUUUCGCUCUAGCGAAUUGGGCGGGCAAGGUGUGGCUGGAGCCGAUUGGGAAGUAUGGGCUGGAAUUAUUGGCAGCUGAUACGCCGGAAGGGGAGGACGCUAGAAGGGGGGCGGCGGAAGGUAUGGCACCCGCGGGGUGGAUUCACAACCAGAAUGGCAAUAUGCUAGGGUACCAGUAUUUGGAUAAGGGGACGGUGAUUGUGGAGCAGGAGGAAGGGGAGAGGCCGAUCAGUGAUCUGGACAUAUACCUGCCGACUACGUAUCCCGGGUCGAGACUGCCGCAUGUUUGGACGAAGGAGGGAACGAGCACAUUGGAUCUUCUGAAGGGUGAUAGUUUCACGUUGAUUGACUGUUCAGCGGAAGCUGCGGCGGGCAAGGUGUUCGAGGAGGCGGCCAAGGAAGUCGGCGUGCCAUUGCAGAUUGUGAGGCUGCACGGGGAGGAUAAUGUCAGGAAGAUUUACGAGAGGGAGGUGAUUCUGGUGAGGCCAGAUAUGCAUGUGUCUUGGAGGGCCGGGGAGGGUGUUGACGCUGGUGACGUGACCGCGGAGAAUGCAAGGAACAUCUUGAAGAAGGUUGCUUGUCUAUAG